AUGAUUAAUGACAAUAUUUAUAAGAAUAUUCACGAUAUGGCUUCAACCACUGGCAACAAUAAUGAUGGUGGUGUUCAUGCCGCCACCAGUCAUAACCUUUCUACCACCAAAGCAACAGUUGACACUGAUUUGAGUAAUAUUUCGCAAUUUAUUUUCUUGGAAGCAGGUAGAAACCAUAAGAAUGGUGGCAAAAGUGACUUUUCAUAUGAGUCAUCUUUGGACAUCAUGACUGUACAAAAUAACGAGGAUUUGAAGGAUGACUUUAGCGAGUUUAUCAAUAUUCCAUCAUUAGUAUCUGAUGAUGAAGAUAUCGAAUCAUCUGUUAUGAAUAAAGAGUCCAGUCAUGGGUGGAAAAAACAAAGAUCUUUGCAACCAACCCCUACUACCAUUCCAAGUAAUUUAUCCGAACGUGGAACAUCAUCAGCGCAACAACAACAACAACAACAACAACUGAAUGAAGCGCAGCUGCAGUCUGCUCAACUUCAUCAUCCAACGCCAGUGGUUCAUCAAGAUGUCCAAAAGGUUAAACGAACUGCCAAAGCUCGUUCUCAACCAACUUUAACAAUUGAAGAUGUCACUAAAUCUGUCAAACAAUCUUCGACCACUUUAGCAACCGCAUCAUCUUCCAAGGAACUUUCUCCGGCUGAACGUAAACUUGAACAAACUCAGAUUAUGACAAUUAUUGUCAAAUACGUUACUGCCAAGAUUCAAAAUUCCUUCCCACCAGAAUCCCCAAGAAAUCAAAAACCAAAUGAAUUACCAUUAGACAAGUUCUUAUUAUUAUUGACCAGUAGAUUAAGAUUAACAUUACCUGUUUUUUUGAAAGCUGUUAUUUACUUGUUUAGAUAUAUGGAUAUUAUUUAUUUGUUGAGAUACUUGAAUCAAACUAAUAAUUUUGUCAAUUAUAAUGAUAUGGGAUUUGAGUUGAAGAAAUUGAUUAUUGGCUGUUUCAAAUUGGCUAUAAUUAAAGAAAAUAGAGUUCUCAAAAACAAAUACGUUUUGAACUGGGAGAGCAUCACCGGGAUGAAGAACCAAGAAAUCAAUACUAUCGUGAAAUCUAUCGUUGAUAGAAUGAAUGGUAAAUUGAAUAUCAAGAAUAUUGAGGUUAUUAGAAUGAAAGAAGAGAUGUAUAGAUUUGUCAAGAUGGUAUCUAUUGAAGUUUAG